UUGCCACGCGGCAGAAAUCAAGACCCUCCUUUUACCAUUUACAUACAUAUGCAACUUAGCAACUUAGCAACUUACACAACUUACCUCUACACAUCCUACACAUCCUACACAACCUACUACAUAACCUACGUGUGAUAUCUUACAUUGAACACAACUACAACCGUCAAGGUCAAUUUUAUGGGUGAAUCCGAUAUGAUAUCUACAAUCACUUUGUGACAUCCUAUAACUGCCGACCUGCAAAAACUCAUGCUGUUCAUUCACAUCCGUUCACUUCAACACCUACCAUACAACACGACUUGAAGCCAUGAUCUACUUGUAAAUCCCCCUUUCCCCAAUAUUUGCGUGUUGCAUCUCUGUCCUUCGUUUAUACUCUCACCAAUCUGCACUGCACCGCAAAUUCGACAACUAUAAUGCCUCAUUCUACGAGCUCCGGCUCAUACCCGCGAGACCCAUCCAUUCCGCGAUCCAAUGCCAAGCAUCACGCAGACCCAGAUAGUGAUACCAGCUCCGGCCUCGAGAAAUUCCCAGACCAUAUCGAUUCUCCAGCAAUGCGCGCCAGUGGUGCGAGGUCAAUAAGCCCUGCCGCUUUAAACGCAUAUGGGAUCGGGUUAAGUGGAGGGGCUCACAUCAAUGGAGAUCGCUGGAUGCCGCGAAGAGACCUAUCUGCAUCAAGAGGUGUACGAUGGGGUUCUCCUCUAGGACCAUCGCCUGGCCCUUCUCGAGGUCAUGGGCGACAGAAGAGCAUUAGUGAAGCCUUUCGUACUAUCAGAGGACGAAAUGGUAGUGUCAGCCAGAAUGCCCACGAGCUGGCAGAUGCUCUACGGGCACCUGUAUCUCCUAGGCUUGUUUUCCUUUGCGUCAUGUGGUAUAUGUCUUCUGCUUUGACAAAUACCUCCUCGAAGUCAAUCCUCAAUGCUUUCGACAAACCUGCUACCCUGACCAUGAUCCAGUUCUUCUUGGUCGCAUUCUAUUGUAUAACCUUCUCGUGGUUAGCAUCAGUAUUUCCAAGUUUACGAACAUCCAUCCCAGCACUGAAGAACGCCAUCCGAUACCCGUCGCGAGAUGUCAUCACAACUACUCUUCCAUUAGCUGCCUUCCAAAUAGGUGGCCAUCUACUAAGUUCGACAGCAACUUCCAAGAUCCCGGUCUCUAUGGUUCAUACUGUCAAAGGACUUUCUCCACUAUUUACCGUCUUUGCUUACCGAUUCAUCUUCGAUAUUCGAUACCCAAAGGCGACAUACUUUUCGCUAGUGCCAUUGACUAUGGGUGUGAUGCUCGCUUGUUCGUCGAACCACACCUUUAAAGGAGAGAUAGUCGGUCUCAUCUACGCUCUUCUAGCCACCAUCAUAUUUGUCACGCAGAAUAUCUUUUCUAAGAGACUUUUCAAUGAGGCCGCCAAAGCUGAAGCAGAUGGACAGUCUGCCAAAUCUCGCAAACUCGAUAAGCUAAAUCUUCUUUGCUAUUCAUCCGGACUUGCUUUCUUACUGACCUCCCCUAUCUGGUUUUGGAGUGAAGGUGUUGGUCUAAUCAGGGACGUUUACCACGACGGUUCGGUAGACCUGUCUUCACACCCUAACAGCUUUGAUCACGGACGUUUGACAAUCGAAUUCUUAUUCAAUGGAACUUUUCAUUUUGGACAAAACAUAUUAGCCUUUAUUCUGCUGUCGAUGGUUUCGCCUGUUACGUACUCGGUUGCAUCCCUUAUUAAGCGGGUUUGGGUUAUCAUAGUCGCAAUUCUGUGGUUCCGCAACCCUACAACUCCGCUUCAGGCUGUGGGUAUUGGCCUUACGUUCCUUGGCCUUUACUUGUAUGACCGAACCAACGACAGUAAUAAAGCCGACCGUCGCGCACGUCUUUUGAGCCAAAGUGCAGGACGAGACCAGCCCUUAUUACCACUCAACACUAGCCAAGGAGGUUCUAUUUCCACUGGUCAACCAUUGCAGAUCUUUGAAAGUCCAAAGCCAACGUCUAAUGGAUCAGCAUCUCAUACUUAUACCAACGGAUUCUCCUCACAACCUAACUCAGGGGCUGACGACUUUAAGAAGAGUGAUGAUGCUGGUAAGGGACGGCAGAGGGGAACUAGUAAUGCGGCCUGGCUGCCACCGGGUACCAAGCAGGAGGAAACGUGGAGGUAUGAGGAUCGAGUUAAGAGAUAAACGGCUCGAUGGGUGUACUUCGACUCCUACACAGCCUUUCACGAUAUGAGGCGGAGGGGGCUUAUAACGCAUUGAACGAUACGGGAUAAACGUUGAAGAUGAUUAUAGACUUGCGACACACUAUGGCUGAGUACCUACAUGCCAGGUAGGUGGGCUUGGGCGCCUAGGUACUACAUACCUUAGUCAUAUAAACUGUUGUUUGUAUCAUCUUGUACAUAGAAUUUCUAGGGAUUUCACUAGGCAGGGACCUCAUAAGGCAUAGGGUGUGAAUUGGAGUUGGAAUGUUUGACUAUUAGGAUUGGCCGAUUUUGUAUUAAGUGUCUUAUAAAAUCAAUGGGAUGCCAUCUCUCUUUUCUUUUUCUUUUUUUCUCCUAUUUUUUCUUUUUUUUUUCUCUUCUGUUCUUUUUGCUGACACCGCGUGGGAGUCGGAGUUACAUACAAUUAUUUAUCCAUGUACUUCGUAUGUAGAGGGCAUUAUAAAUACCACUUGUUCCUAUCUAUAAAAGUGUUACACAUGCAUAUAGAUAGCAUCGGGUACUUGGGAAUAGACCUAGAUAUGUACAUAGUACUACAUAUGCAUAAGAAUAUAUACAUGGAUCAUGGUGUUACUGAUUUGUGUGUGGUAUAGUGUGUGGUUAAGCCGUAAACCGCAUAAAAGGAAAGAACUUC